AUGGCUGCAGCAACUCCUCUGUCAAUACUUGUCUCUGCCUCAACAUCGACCUCAACAGACCAGUUCAUAGCCAAGACUCUUGACACAAAUCUUCGAUUCCAACGUGCCAAGACAGCAUCAAACAAGACACUCUACAAUGAUGUACUUACCAAAGCUCUAAAGAUAUGCUUCGAAGACAAUAGCGUUGAAAAGGUUGGCGCACUGAAAGCUGUGAUGACAGAGGUGGAGACAGUGGUGGUAACAGACUCUCCAGUGUGUGGAUACUUGCUAUAUAUGUUGGCGGAUGCAUGUCGUCAGCUGACAUUGUAUACAGACGCGCUCAACGCAGCCAACCACUCACUCAAGAUCAGAGAGACGCUGUAUGGCCAGGACAGCAUCGAGGUCAGCACAUGUCUGGACCUGCUCGUUGGUAUAUCGAUUGCUGCCAACGCACUCGACCAUGCCGUGUCAUUGUUUGUGCGCUCAUUCAAGUGCAAUGUGUUUGGGUCGUACGCGACGUACGCUCAGCUCAGCACCAGCAUCGCACGCUUCAAGGCCACACUAUUGGAGCGUGAACAACCAUUCCUCGCCAUCAAGAUGUUGGCACAGACAUCAGAAGUGCUACAACAACAACUACUACAGUCGAUACAACAACAACAGCAACAGCAACAGCAACAACAGAUUGAUACAUCGGCACUGUGUAGCACACUACUUGGCACGCUGCUGGACCGUGCCGACCUGUAUGAUAACAAACUGAAUGAAUACCAGUCGACAAUAGAGUGUUACGAACUCAUCACAACACUCAAGGGCAUUCCAUCAAAAGAUGUAGGACAUGCAUAUGAGUUGAUCAUACAGACAUACUUUAAGGCUGGACGAUAUGAUCAGACAAAGGAUAAUGUGGCAAAGUACUUGGAGAUGGCUACAAGAUGCUUCAAAGUGAACUCGGUCGACAUGGCCAUGGCAUUGUUAUACUGCGCGCGAUUAAUGGAGGAGCAGGCCGACCGCCCCUCACCUACACGAUUGUGCGAUCAAGUGGAUGCACUUCGAUACUACUUGUGCACGUUGAAGAUUGCUCGAGAGACACCUGGUGGCAUUGUGUUGCGAGAUCUCCCAUCAGACACGCCCUCCGCAACACAAAAGACAUUACGCGACAAGGUCGAGACAAUCCUAUUCAACAACCGACCAUUGCGUUUGGAAGAGGUGGCCAACAUGGUGGACAGGAUGCUUCAGAUCACGACGACCGAGUUCCUGCUCAAUGGCCAGCGCUCGCAGAACUGGCUGCUCAAGUACCUGUAUCCAGACUUCAUCGCAGAGGACGCGCUGCGCGAGAAGGCCGAGACGCUGCCGGCCAAGUGCGGCCCGCUGUCCAAGCUGAAUGGCCUGAUGAAGAGUUGGAAGCAGAUGUGGUUCACACUCAACCGAGAGUCAUUGUCGUACUACAAGAGCAAUCAGGAUACAAAGCCCAAGGGUGAGCUGAGUCUGUUGGAGAUCAAGUCGAUUGAGGUCAUCGUGUCCAAGGAGAAGAAGAUGAAGCCGCAGACACACUGCUUCCAACUGGUGCAUCCAAAGCACACGUUGGUGUUGGCGGCCGAGACCGAAGAACAGAUGCGCGAAUGGAUCACAGUUCUAAACAAGGCCAAACAAUAUUGGGAAGAAUGGUGGAGUACCAACCUUGUGAUUGAAGGGGCGUGA